CAAGCUACAAAUUAAGUGAGAGAUUCCAGCUCUAAACCAAGAGACCAACCUCAGUCUAUUUGCUACUUAAUCACCUCUCUCCCUUCAUCUUCUUCAACAGUUGAAGUAGCUUAGUUUGUCUCUCUCUAGCUAGCUUGGCCACCACAGUACACAAAUGUGUGCAAAGAUGGAGCAUGGAUUUCACCUCCACAUGGAACACCAGGGUUUACUUGGUGGAGAAUAUAAUGACGGGAUUCGCACGCCGAUCCCUAAGCCUCCUCUUCCUAGCACAUCGAGACCGAACAGCAUGGUCGUCAAGAAGGUGUGCCCCCGGGAGUUCAUCCCGCCGCACAUCGUGGCGGAGGCGAUCUCGACGCUGCACGGCCUCGACCUCCGGUGGUCGGGGCCGAUCACCCCCAGCGAGCGCCUCUACGUCGAGCAGUACGUCCUCGCCAAGUACCCGCAGUACUCGCACGGCCUCAUCGACGACGACGGCGCUGGCGGCGGCGUGGACAGGGACGACAUCGUCCACGAGCUGCGGCGGAGGGCGUCGCCGCCGGCGGGGUCGCCGCCGACGCUGUCGUCGUCGUCGGCGCCGGCGAGGGGGGGUGGUGGCACGGCGGGAGAGCUCGCCGGCGGGGUGGCGGUGGUAAGGCUGGAGCCGUCGCGGCUGCUGGACAUGCUGACGAGGAAGGCGUCGUUCCCGGGGAGCUUCAUCUCGAUACCGGAGAUCCAGGCGAGGAACCGGGUGCUCCGCCGCUGCGGCCUCGGCGACGACGACUACCUCGCGCUGUUCGCCCCGACGCCGCGGGACGCGCUCAUGCUCAUCGGCGAGAGCUACCCCUUCUUCCGGGGCAACUACUACAUGUCCAUCCUCGCCGCCGACGCCGACGCCGAUGGCGCCGGCGGCGACUGCAUCCGCGCCUUCGCGGCGUACAAGGACGCCAAGGUCAUCGCCGCGCCGGAGUCGUGGCUGGACCUCCGCAUCAAGGGCUCCCAGCUCAGCCAGUACUUCCGCCGCAAGUGCAAGCACGCGCCCAAGGGCCUCUUCGCCUACCCCGUCGUCCCCGCCGCAGCUCCGUCGGCGGCGGCUCCUGCGCCGGCGCCGGCGAGGUACUCGCUGCACUGGGUGUCUGAGGCGCACCGGAACGGGUGGCACGUGCUCCUCGACGCCACGGCGAUCGCCGUCGGAGACCGGCUGCCGCUGUCACUGCACCGGCCGGACUUCGUGACGUGCGCCCUCGACGACGAGCACGCGCAGCCGCCGUCGAAGGUGACGUGCCUGCUCGUCAGGAGGAGGUCAUUCGACGUCAGCUCCAAGGGUGAUACCUAG